UAUUGCUGAAUCAGCAGAGAAUCCAUAUCUUGCUGCCAUUGGAGGCUUCCUCUUACCUGAAGGACAGUAAUCAGAAUUGGGAAACAAACCCAUAAUGAAAAAUCAAUAGAGAGAGAGAGAGGGAGACUAAAACAACCAUGAAAGCUCUUCUUCAGCUUCUACACAUUUUUCUUCUGUUUUCUGUUAUAGACCUUUCAAGAGGGAUAGCUGUCAUCCAAAACAGUGGUAUACAUGACGUUCAUAGGAGAAUUCUACACCAACCAUUAUUUCCAGUUGAUAACUUUAUACCUCCACCUUCUCCGAUUGAACCUCCACCAGAAUAUUCAGAUGAUAACCCGGAGCAUCCUUUCCUUCCAGAAAUUCCAGCUGGACCAGCUGUAGAUCAAAACCAACCAAUACCACCAACUCCUCCUGAUACUGCUGAUGUCUCUACUGCGGUUCCAAUUGCAACUCAACCCCCAAAACAAACCAAAAAAGUAGCAAUUGCGGUAUCUGUGGCGUUGGUUACGCUGGGAAUGCUUUCUGCAUUGGGAUUCUUCUUGUACCGAUAUCGGGAUUCACAUUCAGUCGAAUCAAAGGAACUUGUUGGUAAACAUUCCCAGCAGUUCCCACAGGAAUCUUUGCCCCCUGCUGUUUCUGAUCUUCAGUAUAUUGCAGCAGUGGAGUCUACUUCAAAUAGGAGAAAUAGUGGUGAAGCAAAUGAAGAAAGCAAAUCUCCUUAUCACAAGCUAAAUUCUCUACGUAACUCAGAGCUUCACCGUCCAAGUCCUGAUCUACAGCCAUUACCACCAUUAAGUAGAACAGUCGGUAGAACUUCUCCAACACCCAUUUGGAAUGGAGCUUCACGGAGAACUUCUGCUUCUGCGAGAUCAUCUUCUGAUGAGGACCCACUUAACAACCCUCAGGUGUCAGCCGUGGGGAACAAUGAUUACAUGAUUCUCUCUCGAACUAGUGAUGCUAGAGGACCAACUAAUACAACUGGAUCGACCCCACAGUCACGAAGAUCAUCUCCAAGAUCACGUCUUUCAAAUUCUUCUCCUGAUGUAAAGCUCGCCAUUGUACCAUCUUCAUACUCACCACGACUGCCGCCGCCACCAGCACAUCAAGCGCGUGAAUUAUAUGACCAACCAAAGACUCCGUCGCCAUCCAAGAGGAGAGCGAAAUCUCGGUCACCACCUUCUCCACCACCAAAUUUAGUUCUUGCUCAUUCAUUAAAUGGAACAGCACCGCGAGCAGCUAAUGUUCCAGUAGCACCACUGCCACCACCACCACCGCCGCCACCUCCACCAGUGCCAAUAACUCCACUGAAAGUAAGAUCUUUAUGGACGAGCACUAAGCCUAUGUCAGUUCAGGAAUUGCACAGGUCCCAAUCUAUGUUUACCCCGAAAGGGAAUCAUUGUGCAGAAAUACCGACACCGGCUGUAGAAUCGAUACAACGAAGCAGUUCAGAACCACCUAAUUCGAUAGACGAGAAAGAUGGAGGUAAACCCAGGUUAAAACCUUUACACUGGGAUAAGGUCCGAGCAAGUUCAGAUAAAGCAACGGUUUGGGAUCAAAUGAAAUCAAGCUCUUUUCAAUUGAAUGAGGAUAUGAUUGAGACACUUUUUGGCUGCAAUCAAACAAGCGGAUUUGAGAAAGACACAACUAGAAAAUCAGUUCUCCCUCCUGUCGAAGCUGAGAACAGGGUAUUGGAUCCAAAGAAAUCACAGAAUAUAGCUAUACUACUAAGGGCAUUAAAUGUAACCCGAGACGAGGUAACAGAAGCACUUUUAGAUGGUAAUCCUGAAGGUUUGGGUUCUGAGCUUCUUGAAACAUUGGUAAAGAUGGCUCCAACCAAAGAGGAAGAACUAAAACUGAGGGACUACAACGGUGAUGUGACAAGAUUAGGAUCUGCAGAACAAUUCCUCAAGGCUGUAUUAGAAAUACCAUUUGCCUUUAAAAGAGUAGACGCCAUGGUCUAUAGAGCCAAUUUUGAAACAGAAGUAAAAUAUUUGACCAAGUCUUUUGAAACCCUAGAGGUAGCAUGUGAAGAGCUAAAAAACAGUAGGUUGUUCAUGAAACUACUUGAAGCAGUUCUCCGAACAGGAAACAGGAUGAAUGUGGGCACCAACAGAGGAGAUGCAAAAUCUUUUAAACUUGAUACACUUCUAAAACUAGUGGACAUAAAAGGAGUCGAUGGAAAAACCACAUUGCUCCAUUUUGUGGUCCAAGAGAUUACCAGAUCCGAAGGUGCAGGUUCUGAUCCUACACCUGAGAUGGUUCCUAACAAAUCUCACCCACAAAAGAAGGAAGAUGACUUCAGGAAACAAGGUUUACAGGUUGUGGCAGGGCUGAGCAAAGAUCUUGGCGAUGUCAAGAAAGCAGCAGGAAUGGACUCGGAUGUUCUAAGCAGCUACGUGUCCAAACUUGAAAUGGGGCUCAACAAAAUCAGGUCGGUUAUGCAAUAUGAGAAAUCAGAUGCAAAAGGGAGGAAAUUUUUUGAGGCGAUGAAAGUGUUUCUUUUCGAAGCUGAGCAAGAAAUACUUAGAGUUAAGGCCUAUGAGAAAAGAGCAUCAUCACAUGUAAAGGAGGUAACGGAGUAUUUCCAUGGUGACACAACAAAGGAAGGUGCUCAUCCUUUCAGAAUCUUCGUGAUUGUCAGAGAUUUCCUUGCAAUAUUAGAUCGGGUGUGCAGGGAAGUAGGGACAAUGCACGAUAAAGUAAUGGUUGGGUCUGCUAGUUCGUUCCGCAUGCCCUCUAACAUUUCACUACCAAUUCUAAAUAGAUUUCAUAGAAGACAAGUAGAAAGUUCAGAUGAUGACAGCUCAUCUCCAUAGAGUUCCAUGAAGAUUUUGGAAAGCCACAUGAAUGAUCUUUACAGUUCCAAAUUUCCAUACAAAAUUACUUGUCAAAGACCCCAUACACGAGCCUAAUAUCUUUUCUGGGCAAGCCAAAGGAACAGAUGUAUCUACAAGGAACUCCUAGUGAAGACGAAGAUUCUGGUAUAGGCAUUAGUUUGGAAAUUACACAAACAUGGCUUCUGGAAUAAAAUGACAGAUGACUGGACAUCGUCAGCGGAAGAUCAAACAAUCCAUGAAGGAUUAUCUUCAAAUAAAUGACUUUUCAGGAUUCUAAAACCCCAGCGACAACAUUUCCGAAGUAUAAGUGAUCCUAAGUUGUAGUCUUGUAGAAAUAUGUAUGUAAUUUCUAGUAAGAAUUAACAAUGCUAAUAUGUAGUUUCUUCAGGAACCAUCAUCUCUUAUAGCUGGAACGACAAACAUGUACUCUUUUUUGUAUAUUAAGUAAAUAAAGCGUUGCUGUAAUGGAAGCCAUUCAAAAAAAAAAAAAA